AUGGAUGAUGCUCAUAUGGUACUUGCAAGCCUUUAUGGGGAUGACCAGGCAGACCACAAGCUUGAAGAACUCCAAGAAGUCCGACAAGAAGAAAUUGAUGAAACAGCGGGAUGUCUCGUCAACAUGCUAUGCUGUGGACCUGGCCGGUUUCACCCCAACAUGAUUACGAUAAUGGUCCAGUUCUGCCAGGCCUUGACAGGCGCCGGGGCAAUCUCAGUCUAUGGUUCGCAAAUAUUUCAACUUCUAGGACUGUCGUCAUGGAUAGCAGAGUAUGCAACCCUCGGAAAUUACAUAUUUUACUUUUUUGUCAUGGUUGCCACCACGAAUUCAGUCGACAAAUAUGGACGCAGGAAACUAAUGCUGGGAGGUAGUUGUGGGUUGAUGAUCUGCUUCGGCCUUCUAGGCCUUAUCGCGAUGAACCUUCUCACAAACGACGAUUCAUUUAAAUCGUCUAUGGGCGCCAUAACUCUCAUAUAUUCGGACAAGGCGCGGGCGCAGGGUGGUGCCAUCAGCGUGGUCGUAUGGGGGCUUGCCAACUUCAUUAUUACGAUCCUCACACCGAUUGGCUUCAACAACUUGAAAUUCCAUUUGUUCUUCGUGUUUGCCGCUACCAAUUAUUUCGCAGGAAUGCUCAUUUGGUUAUUUUUACCCGAGACCGGGGGUAGAAGCUUUCAAGAGAACCAGCAGUUCUUCGUAUUGGCCAAAGAAAAGAAGUCAUGGCUUGUACGUAGGGUCGACAAUGGUAGCUUUUUAAGAUUACCUCCUUCGUCGUAA